AUGGCGAGCGAUGAAGUGCUGCCAGAGGCGGAUUCUUUGGACUGGAGGCAGUUUCGUGCGCGGCUCAUCGAACGUGAGACGUCAGAAGUGCUCCUGGAUGGUUCUGAUCCCAGCAGUGCAGAGCAUCAGGAUACCUGGAUGCACCGCAGCCCGCUUGUCGAAAAGGGAUCCGUGCUCGUGGCCAAGCCUGGCUUCUGGUCGCUGGACUGUCCAUGUUUCCAUAAGGCCGUUAUCCUCAUCACGGAGCAUGGAGAAGACUAUGACAUGGGCUUCGUCCUCAACCGUCCGACCACGCGUGUGGAAACCUUUGGCCGCUUGGAAUUCACUGUCUGGUAUGGCGGGCCUUGCCAGAGUCUGGACCAUGAGGAAAGUGAUCAGUGGAAGUUUUGCCUCCACAUGCGUCCAGACAUCCCUGGGGCCGAGCCGAUAGCUCAGGGCAUUUACAUGAGCGAACCCUGGGCAGCUGCGGGUUACAUCCUCGAGUCUGACGGCAAGGCCACCGAGGAGGACUUCAUGCUGUUGGUUGGUCACUGCGGCUGGGGCCCCGGCCAGCUCGAAGCAGAGCUCGCAGAGGGCGACACCUGGUUGCUCGCUGCUGCCGACACAAAGGCCUUGUUGAGCUCUCGCACGCAGAAGGCCCUGAGGCGAAAGCCUUUCGUCCUUGGGCGAGGACUUCCACUAUGGCGGAGGCUUUACCGACGAUUGGUGCUGCAACAGGAGGUGCAGGAAGGACGCAUCAUCGAGAGGUAUGGCGACGAGGCGCUGUUGCGCUUCGUGCAAGACGAGUUAGAUGCCGCACCCCAACCGCCUACGACAAGGCGGCGAAAGGAGAAGAGCGACUUUUUCAGAGAUUUCCUCGGACGAGGUCCAGACUCUGAGGAUGCGAACACGAAAAGCAUCGCGAAGCAGGUGCUGAGCCUCAUGGCGUCUGCGCGCGCACCCGAAGUGGCGGAGAACGGCUGUGAAGCUUUGAGGAACCUGGUGGUGGAUGAGGAGACAAGGUCGUUGGUGUCCGGGCUUGGAGCGAUUGACAUGGUCAUGGACGUAAUGCGCAGCCACAGUGAUUCCUCUGGUGUUCAAGGUCAUUGUGCCGGUACUUUGACCCACCUCGCAGCGGGAUCCGCCGAGCGCGAGGCCAUUUUCCAUCGACGUGGCCCGGAACUGGUGGUCAAAGCCAUGCGAAAACACAGAGAUGUACCCCUGGUGCAAUGGAAGGGCUGUGCAGUCUUAGCCAACCUGGCAGCUUCCACAGCGGAGCAGAUUCGUGUGGCUACUGCUGGUGCUGCCAGAGCAGUGGUACAGGGCAUGGCGAAUCACGAGGACGAGCGGCUGGUCCAGGACUACUGCAUUGGCGCCCUGUACAAUCUGGCCAGGGUCAAUGCAAACAUGAACGAGCUUGCAAGAGCCGGCAGCGCCAAAGUUGUGCGUACCGCUCUGCUCAAGCAUCCAGAUGCCCCGACCGUGCGAAAGGAAAGGGAAAAAGCUGUGCUUCGCUUUGCCGACAUUUUUGCGGUUGUCACCUUUAGUGUGGUCGGCUGUGGGCCCUCUUCCGAGCUGCUGCUAAUCCAGAGCUCGCUUGCAAGUGAGGAAGGGUUGGCAGCUUCGGCUUGGCUGCCAGGCGGAGAGAUCACGGGUUUUCUGCAGCUUUCGACUGGGGCAGCUGUGGAGGUCAUGCCGGAGAUGCAGCGCAUGCAGCCGCGACACAAGAAGCAGCAGUUCUCAGCUCUCACGGUUAGUUUUGUGGUGCCGUUUCUUGCUGGUGUAGUGGCGCAGUCCUUUUCAUGUAAAAUUCUGCAGUUUCUCCCGAGCCUGCACGAUAGGCUUGAUACAAGUCGGCGCAGUCCGCGGCUGAAGCUAACAUGCCCAGUAAAGCUGCCCAGCCUUGCCACAUCAGGGGGAAGAGACUUUUCGCCCCGCCCGCCCCCAGUCAGCCGACAAGGCUCGCUCAAGGAGCGAGGAGUCUCAGUCCAGACAGACGUGGCUCAGCUGAAAGAGACAGCACAGCACAAGAGUAUCGAAUUGUCGGGGUACCAAGGCACUGCGAAUGACGACGACGUUUGCAAUGAAUUCGUGGCGCCCGCCAUUGAGAGCAGGCCAAUAGAGCAUUUGGAAGACCGCAAGAUCUACGACGUUUAUUACUGGGAGGAGGUCAUUCAAGAAGAUGGCGAUGGCGGGAAAGUUGUUUACUGCAGGAAGAAAGAUGAUGAGGUUGGAAGCGAAUUCAACAAGGUCAUGAAGAUUAAGUCCAAAUUGAAGCUCCAGAAAGAAGGCUUCGCCACCCAAUAUCGACAAGUUAUUUUGAAAAUGUUGUCGCUGCCGCCGCAUCCAGGAGUAAUGCCAAUCGAAGAGGCAUUGGAAGACGACGCGUUUUACUACGUCGUCUCCCCUCGGGCGACAAGCAGCUUUUUUGCUGGCCUGCUCGUGGAGUUUCAGGACGGCGUUGUUCCAGAAGCGGCUUUGAGGAGUCUUUUAAAGGACAUCUUGGAAGCUCUCGACCAUCUCCAUAGCCACCGAGUGCUGCACCGAGACAUUAAGCCAGACAACAUGGUCUUGCAGGCCUACACUGACGAAGCAACAGGUGAGACGAAGAGGAGAGUGGUGCUCAUCGACUUCGACCACGCAGAUCCAGAUUUUACGUACUCGAACGAUGAGGAACGAAUCUACGGAACUCGACGCUUCAAUGCACCGGAAUCGUACCUAUGCUGCUUUUCGAAGCAGACAGACCUCUACAGUGUAGGUGCUGUCUUCUACAUGAUGAUGACCGGAAAGAUGCCAUACGACGAUGAGAUCUUCGAAGGCAUUGGAAAGCCCGUUGCCCCGCCAGGAUCCAGGAUACCAAGUCCUCGGAUCGCCUGGCAAGAGACAUUUCAGAGACUCAAGCAGGCAGAAGUGGAUUGGGAAUGCGACCCCUGGCCGUCGCAGCCAGUCAGCAAAGACCUAUGCAAGCAGCUCCUGUCCUUCUCGCCGGCGAUGCGGCCGAGGGAUGCCAGAGCAGCAUUGGCGCAUCCGUGGUUUUCAGAGUGCUAA